AUGGAGAAAACUUAUAUAGAUGCACUUCCUCUUACUAUGAAUUCCUCAGAAAAGCAAGAGACCGUAUGUAUUUUUGGAACUGGUGAUUUUGGAAGAUCUUUGGGAUUGAAAAUGCUCCAGUGUGGUUAUUUUGUUGUUUUUGGAAGUCGGAAUCCCCAGAUGACCAACCUACUGCCCAAUGAUGCAGAAGUCUUGAGCUAUUCAGAAGCAGCUAAGAAGUCUGACAUCAUAAUCAUAGCAAUCCACAGAGAACAUUAUGAUUUUCUCACAGAAUUAACUGAGGUUCUCAAUGGAAAAAUAUUGGUAGACAUCAGCAACAACCUCAAAAUCAAUCAAUAUCCAGAAUCUAAUGCAGAGUACCUUGCUCAGUUGGUGCCAGGAGCCCACGUGGUAAAAGCAUUUAACACCAUCUCAGCCUGGGCUCUCCAGUCAGGAGCACUGGAUGCAAGUCGGCAGGUGUUUGUGUGUGGAAAUGACAGCAAAGCCAAGCAAACGGUGAUGGAUAUCGUUCGUGCUCUUGGACUGACUCCAUUGGAUCAAGGAUCACUCAUGGCAGCUAAAGAAAUUGAAAAGUACCCCCUGCAACUGUUUCCAAUGUGGAGGUUCCCCUUCUAUUUGUCUGCAGCACUGUGCAUCAUCUUGUUUUUCUACUGUGUUGUAAGAGACGUAAUCUACCCUUAUGUUUAUGAAAAGAAAGAUAAUACAUUUCGUAUGGCUAUUUCCAUUCCAAAUCGUAUCUUUCCAAUAACAGCACUUACACUGCUUGCUUUGGUUUACCUCCCUGGUGUUAUUGCUGCCAUUCUACAACUGUACCGAGGCACAAAAUACCGUCGAUUCCCAAACUGGCUUGACCACUGGAUGCUCUGCCGAAAGCAGCUUGGCUUGGUAGCUCUGGGAUUUGCCUUCCUUCAUGUCCUCUACACACUUGUGAUUCCCAUUCGAUAUUAUGUACGAUGGAGGCUGGGAAACUUAACUGCUACCCAGGCAAUACUCAAGAAAGAGACUCCAUUUAGUACCUCCACAGCCUGGCUUUAUGAUUCAUAUGUAGCUUUGGGAAUACUUGGAUUUUUUCUGUUUGUACUCUUGGGAAUCACUUCUUUGCCAUCCGUUAGCAAUGCAGUCAACUGGAGAGAAUUUCGAUUUGUCCAGUCCAAACUAGGUUAUUUGACCCUGAUCUUGUGUACAGCACACACCCUGGUAUAUGGUGGGAAGAAAUUCCUCAACCCUUCCAAUCUCAAAUGGUAUCUUCCUGCGGCCUACGUGCUAGGGCUCAUCAUUCCUUGCAUCGUACUGGUGAUCAAGUUUGUCCUAAUCAUGCCAUGUGUAGACAACACCCUUACAAGGAUCCGCCAGGGCUGGGAAAGGAACUCAAAACACUAGAAAUCAGCACUGAAUGUGAAAAACAGAUAUUUAAAGCAAAGUUCAAUUUACCUGGAGUUCUGAACUAUAGUUUUGAAUGUUUAAAGAAGAAUGAUGGGUGCUGUUAGUAAAGCUGUUUUCUUACACAAUGACUGAGAUUCAUGAACACAGAGGGAAACAUUGCCUGUCUUUGAAAAAUUGAUACACUAGAAGAGAACACCAUUUUAUCUCAGGUUAGUGAAGAAUCAGGGCAGGUCCCUGCCUCUUGUUUUCCUGGCGGCCAUGGGGCUGAGACUGAGAUUAGCUUUGCGGUUUCACACUAAGAAGCUUCUUGCUAUGGGCAACAUGCAUGACCUAAUAUCUUGCAAAAUCCAGUGGAAGUACAUGCAACUUCCUUCUCUGGCUCCAGGGCUAAGUUAAGUGAAAGAAAAAAACAGCACAGUGGUGACCACUGAUAAAGACUUUAUUAGGUAUAUCUGAAGAAGUGGGCCACAUGAAAUUUAAAAAGGAAAUGAGUUUUUUUGUUUGUUUUUUGGAAGUAAAGGCAAACAUGUAUUACCUGAUGAAUUCUAGUGAAAUGACCCCUUGACUUUGCUUUUAUCAGUACAGAUAUUUACUGUGGGGAACUAUUUUAUAAUGUAACAAAAAUUUACAAUUGAUUAAAAGUAACCAUGUCUUGGAUACAGGCAAAUCUGCAGAGUUGUCAUACAAUUCUUCCUCUACAAAGAAUAGGAAAGACCAAAUAAAAAUGAAGUGAUAUCCACUUGGAUUCCCCUUGCAUUGUGGAGUAAGCAAAGAAGGGUUAAUAAAAGUCCUUGAACAAAAAGUUCAAUGAACCAGAAUUUUAGAUAGCAAGCCAAAUAAAUAUUGUAAAGUUGCACUAUAUUAGGUUUAGUAUUAUUUUGGUAUUAUAAUAUGCUUUGUAAAUGUCAUAUUCCAAAUAUUAUUCAGUAUUUGUCAUCUAUUAAAUUAAUGUCUAGUAUAAAGAGGUAGCCUCUAUAUCUGUCUUAGUCUAUUAUAAUUGUAAGCAGUAAAAUUAAAUUAAUAAUCUAAAGCUAUAUAUUUGAACAAUGCAUAGAGGAUCGAAAAUUAUGGAAAGUCAUAGGGCAGAAAGGUGUGAAGAGUCGUCAUUAUGUAAAACUUGGAUCUUUCUCAAAUCCUUCCUGAAAUUUAGUAUGGUUCUCACUGUUUUUCUGCGCUGAUAGUACUCUUUCAAGGUGACCUUCAGGAGGAUUAACCUUCCUAGCUGAAGCAUGGAGCUAAAAGGAGCCUUAUGCAUGAUCUUCCCACAUACCAAAAUAACUAAAAGGCAUUGAGUUUGUCAUUUUUCUGCCUGUUGUACUAAGACCAUUUUUUUUACUUUUGCCAUAACAUAUUAUACAUGACAUUAUACAAAAA